CGAACAGUCCGGUGAUUUCCGGAAAUAACAGUGAAACAAACGGAUAGUGUGUCAGAUGCAUCGUUCUGGCUAACGUUAGCAGCACGACAGUCUCAGGCGACCGCAGUAUUUUUUUUUACCUAGCUGACUAACCAGUAGUACAUUUAUUAACACUUACGGCCAUAUUUUAAUUUUGUGCAGUGUCCGUCAUGUCUUUGCUGUGUUACAAUAAAGGUUGCGGACAACGCUUUGACCCAGACCAGAACCCAGAUGAUGCGUGUACUUACCACCCUGGGGUCCCUGUCUUUCACGAUGCGCUCAAGGGGUGGUCUUGCUGUAAAAGACGGACGACUGACUUCUCCGAUUUCUUGAGCAUUGCUGGAUGUACAAAGGGUCCUCACAAUAAAGAUAAGCCCCCAGAACCAGUGAAACCAGAUGUUAAGACAUCCGGUGAGAAGAAAGACCUGGACGACCUGAAACCAAAGUUCAAUGAGUAUGUUAUCCAAGCACCAAAACCCCUGGAAUCAAUCCAGCGACCAAGUGGUGAUGAGCCCCUUGUUAGACUACAGCAGAAAGUCGCCUCCUCUUUGAAGCAGUCUUUGGAAAAACUGAAGCUAUCGGAGGUCAAUGAGCCAGAAAAGAAAGAGGAGGAAGGAGAUGAAGUAAAGGUUGGAACAUCGUGUAAAAAUGGAGGCUGCUCAAAGACUUUCACUGGGCCAGAAAGCAAUGAGGAGACCUGCUUGUACCAUCCUGGUUUCCCCAUUUUCCAUGAGGGGAUGAAGUACUGGAGCUGCUGCAAGAGAAAAACUUCGGAUUUCAACACUUUUCUGUCCCAAGAGGGCUGUACAAGAGGAAACCACUUAUGGAAGAAACAGGAUACAGGGAAGAAGAUUGUACCCUGUAGGUUUGACUGGCACCAGACAGGUGGUCAGGUGAUGAUCUCCAUCUAUGCCAAAAAUUCCGUUCCAGAGCUGAGCUUUGUGGAGGGGAAUAGCACAAAGCUUAAUAUCCACAUUGUGUUUGAAGGUGAAAAGGAAUUUGAGCAAAACAUCAACUUAUGGGGUGUCAUUGAUGUGAGCAAAAGUGUCAUGAAUAUGAUGGCAACAAAGAUUGAGAUCGCCAUGAAGAAAGCAGAGCCAAUGACCUGGGCCAGACUUGAUCUACCUCCCGCAAAGAGUGAGCCUGCAGAGAAGAAGGAAAUUGUUGAUGAAGAUGCUGACGAUUAAAAAAAACAAAAAACAAAAAUAAAAAUGCACGGGCUUACAGAGACACCGGUAUCGGGGACAAACUCCGCACAGAGGUGACUUAGUCAUUUCAGCAUACUGUAGGGAAUCCACAUCAGCUUUCUUUUUUUACAUUCUGUACUGUAUCCUCUGAACAAUUGUAACUGUCAAUGACCUCAGAGUACUCAAUAGAGAUCUAGAGCCAGUAGGUUACCACAGCAAUUCCAGGAGAUGGGCUCAUAAUAUGAAAUAUGACCACUGGGAGCAACAUGUAAAAGUGGUUGUAGGAUUUCUAGUUUACAGUAACCUCAACUUAUGUCAUACUUUGUUUUCGUUCUAUUUUCUCUCCACAGUGCACUUAGAAUAUUUCAGUGCUAUUUUUUAUAUAAAUACUGUCUUUGUGUAUUCUUACAGCAUUCCACUGUUUUGGAUUACCUUUUGUUAGCUAUGUUACAAAUUAAGGAGAUUUUAGCUGCUUCUCCUGAGGUGGGUUUUCUCAAUCCUGAUACCCAUUACAAGGUUUUUCUUUUAUCCCAGUACUUGGUGCAUUGUCAGCCUUAACCCCCCCCCCCCCCACCCCCAAUCCCACCAAAUAUUAUUCUCCAAGCAUGUGCCCAAACUGCUUUGGUCUUGAUAUGGCAGUGUAUGCUGUGUGAUCCGGUUAAUGUUAGCCAGUGGGAAUGCAGGUCUGGUUACAGUAGGUGUGCAUGCUUUUUCACAUGACUGAUUAUACAGUGUACAGUAGGCCGUUGGGAUCAUAAAGUCUAUUGUAUCAGUAUACUGAAUGCACUUUGAUUUAUAUUUUGCAACUAUGCUUGAUGUCUUGAGAAACUUGAGGUGGAAAGAUAAAGGACUGGCAGCACAAAUGAACCUGAUUAAUAUCCCUGGUGAAUGUUCCAACCUGCUAUGUCCCCCAAUUUUUUCUGAAUAGCAAUAGGGAUAUUAACAGAACUCAAGUAUAUUGAAAUGACCACAAUGAACGUGUGGAACAGAAUUAUUUGCGAUAGUUUUUGAUGUAGGGAAGUAUUUUGUACAUUUCAAAGUGUUUUAAAAGUAUUGAAGCAGUUGUCCUCUUUUUCUCCAUUGUUUCACCUUGUGAGUGUGGCUCAUGACCCUGGAGCUCAGUUUUCUUCAGUCUGGGUUUUAAACCUUAUCUUCCUACUUCAAAGUGGUUUAUUUUUUCUAUAGUUGAGACAAAUAAAAUCAUGGAAAUUUGCAUGUUAUUAGCUGUUGCAAAGCUAUCAGAUCUUUAGGCCACACAAACAGAGUAACUAGUUCAGUAUUCUACCCUUGGACCAUUAAGCUAUCUGGCUUUUAUUUUUUCUGUCAUACUGUAAAAAUGUCGCAA